UUAAAAUGAUAAAAAAUUCUGCCAAAUUUAAGAAUAAUGUGCCAAAAUCUUCAACUACGUCUGCAAUUUCAGAAUUUACUUUAGAUGAAUCUCCACUUCCAAAUUCCUCAUAAUUUUCAAGUUUCACUCAUGCCUAAACAAUAUCAGCAAAACUCAACAGAAGUUCAGUUUAUAACGAACAGAACAUAUUGUUCAACACUCCCAGAAAUUUGGCAGUUCUAUUUUCAGAAAUUGUAAAGCAUUUAAAUAAUUGACUAUUAGGAAAAGGAUGAGGUUCUUUCCAAAACAACAAUCAACAAAUAACUCUUCAAUGAAACCAACUAGCACAAUGCUGCGAACAUGGAACCAGCUUCAUUUUCCCAUGCAUUAAUACAAUAGUCAAAAUAUACUGAGGAAAGUUUAAAGAAAAUUUCCAAAAUCGAAAAGUUUUUGGAGAAGACAAAAUAAAAGCACUAGAAGUCUAUAAGUAUAUUAUCCUCAGAGGAUUCGCCAUAUAAAUCUACGCCUCCCAUUCGCAUAUAGGGUUUAGGAACAACAGUAGAGGGAUUAAGAAAUAAAUUGGAUCAUAGGAUAAAUAGAAAGUUCGAUAGACUCACAAAUGAAUUGAGGAUAGUCAGAAAAGUAAAUGCAUAUUAUAUUUGAUAGAACAUCCAAUAUUUUACAGCAUUUGAUGGGGCUUACGCUUAGAGUAGAUAAACGCAAAAUAAUUUUAUCUAAUUAAAAUAAUAAAAUGGCCUAAUUAUAAAUAAUGGAACUCAUCUAACACGGAUAGAAUUGAUAAAUGAUACAUUCAAUAGCGAGAAAAUAUGCAAUAUUCAUAAUGAUGACUCGAAAUACAUUUCAUUGUGCAUGUGUGAUAGCAAUAUCUCUAAUGAUAUGGUAAUUACUGGUUCAGAUCAAGGUAAUAUUAUGGGUUGGAACUUGUUCAAAAAUCAAGCAUAUCGUUAUUAUGGAUUGAGCAAACAAUACAAUUGCAGUUUGUAGCAGCACUCGAUUCCAACAUUUAUAACACAAUCAUUAAAUAAUAUAUUUGUAGGAACAAAAAACAAUGUAAGUGAUUUUAUUUAUUGAUUUAAGGAAUUGUUAGUACUUGAUGAAAGAAUGAACGAGAGGAAAUGUUUGUUGUUAACCAUCAACAAGCAGAAACUAAAUCCAUUUCAAGCAAACUAACUAUUAUCGCCCUUGUUACCUAGAUUUGGAUCCAUAAUACUUGAAAGUCCUCAAUUCAACCCUCCUGAUCUAAACCUAUUGCAUUUAACGAGUUUCAAAUUGGAUGAAGAGUAGGACUCAAUUAAGGAUGACUUGAUUCAGCAAUUCCCCAGUUUCAACUAAUUCGAAGAUCCGAAUUACCAAGAAUCCCAAUAUAUCAAACACAUUGAUGUUCAUGAUUACAAUGUUGUGGCAACUAUGACAGAUGGAUUUAUUCAUUUGGAUAUGAGGAAUCCAACAGUGGCAUAAUUCAGCUUUCGAGAAAAUGGGUAAUAAGCUUUGAAGGCCAUGUUUACUCCUGGAAAUCCUAACAAUAUCAUAUAUGCCAAGUAGAAUUCCAACAGGUGUUUACUUUGGAAUGUGUAAAAGAAUUAAGUGCUAUUUCAUAAACAACUUGAGAGUAAUCCUUCGGACAUGACUGUUGCUUAGGAGACAAAGGAGAUUCUGUUUUUGCAUUAGGAUUAAAAUGAUUCCAUCAUUACAAUUUACAAUAAUUUUUCUUCAAAGUUAAAAUAUUGUGAUGAAUUAAUAAUUCCUGGUUUUAAUGUUUAAAAGAUUCUCUUGGACUAUUAAUGUAGGAGCUUGUAUGGAAUCGGUCCUUACUCUUUGAGAACUUGGAAUUACUAUCAAUAAAAGGAAAUUGACUUGAUUCGUGACGAAAUGAAACAUCAAUUAGACUUGCUUGAAUGAGAAAUGACUUUAUUGAUUUGUUAAUAUUUUUAUCU